UUUCUUCAUCAAUCAACUCCAACACAAAAAGAAGUCUCUCCCUUCCUCACUCUCUCAACAGAAAUCUGAAGAAGAAAAACUCAAACCCUAGAAGUCUGACUGAGAUUACAAGAAGCGCUUAGAUCUGAGUUUAAUGGCAGUUGAUUUAUUUGGGUAUUCAAAAAUGGAUGAACAAAUACAACUCCAAGAAGCAGCAGCAGCAGGAUUAAGAGGUAUGGAACAUAUCUUAAGAAUAAUGCAAACUCAACAACAGCUACAGCAGCAAAAACAACAACAAGCUCAAGAGAUAGAUUGUAGAGAAAUUACUGAUUUCACAGUGUCUAAAUUCAAGAAGGUUAUCUCAGUUUUAAAUCGUACUGGUCAUGCUAGAUUUCGCAAAGCUCCUACAACAUCAACAUCAUCAUCAAUGGCAACACCCUUUUUCAACCAAAUUCAGAAUCAAAAUCAUAGUCAAACCCUAAUCUCUUCAAAUCCAUCUUUUUCGUUAAAUCCAACAGCGACAAUCACACCUGUUAGACAUCAGAAUCAAGCUCUUAUUCCGAUGAUUCAACCGAUUCAAUCUCAGUCUCAGUCGAUUCAAUCUCAGCAUCAAUCUUUAACACUUGAUUUCACUAAACCUAACAAGCUAAUAAACUCAUCUAGCUACAAGAGCAUGAGUUGUGAUACAUCACCACCUAACUCAAAUACUGUUACAACUACAAGUUCAUCGUUUAUGUCGACUAUUACUACUGGGGAUGGUAGUGUAUCUAAUGGAAAACUCUUUGCACCUCCCGCUGCUGCUCCGGCUGUAUCCGCCGGGAAACCACCAUUGUCAUCGUCUUACAGGAAGAAAUGUCAUGGUCACCAUGAUCACUGCGGUGAUUCUGGGAAAUACUCAGUCUCUUCUAAUGGCAGUCGUUGCCAUUGUUCUAAACAAAGAAAAUCAAGAGUGAAGAAAACAAUUAGGGUUCCAGCGAUCAGUUCAAAGAUGGCAGAUAUCCCACCAGAUGAAUACUCAUGGAGAAAGUAUGGACAAAAACCCAUUAAAGGAUCACCAUAUCCAAGGGGGUAUUAUAAAUGUAGUAGUUUAAGAGGAUGUCCAGCAAGGAAACAUGUGGAGAGAGCGCAAGAUGAUCCAUCAAUGUUAAUUGUGACAUACGAAGGAGAACACAGACAUUCACAGAAUUCCUCUAAUAAUAAUGCAACAAAUAACAACAACAAUUCAUCAAAGGUGAAUGAACCUUCCGGUGUUAUUGUUGCUGCUAAUAUGGUUCUUGAAUCUGCUUGUUAGAGAGAUAGAGAGUGGGAUAAUUUGAUGAACUUUGGCUAUAUAAAAAAUGGAUAAAUUUAAUUGGUGUUCUUACCCUACCAGAAGAUUGUAAUUGUAACCAUUGGAUAUGAUCAUUAAUUUGUUAUGAUCAUUAUGAAUGGAUGGUCAGUUGGUGGUGGUGGUUGGGGGUUGGUUUGAUUGUAAAUUUUUUAGUUGAGACAUAUUGAAAUGCGAGAAGUUCCUUACUUGGACUUUAUUUUUUGGUA